GGGACACCCUGUAUAGCGUUCCGACCACGAACAACUUUUUGCUAGGAAUCUAAAUUUUUUGCCAUUAGGAUGAAAACCAUGAUUUCAGCAGCAAGAGCAUGUAGGCAUACAAAAAGUAUACAAAAGUUUAAGUGUCAAACCAGUUGAAAAUGUCUGUUGUUGAUCAGUGUUAAUAAUAUAAUGUCUUAUUCGCAAAACUUCAAUAGAAGAUGUCCGUAUGACAGAUUCAUACCGAGAAGACAAAACACGGACAUUGAUAUGUCCCAUCUUCUAAUCAACAACAAUGGAUUGAACGCGACACCAAAUCAACAACCCAUCAAGGAUUCCGAAUUUCCAGAUUUUGCCAAUACUGCCAAAUAUACCUUCCACUUACAAAACUAUAGAGACAUAUUGAAGCGUUCAUUGCUGCCUCACCAGAAAAAAGUUCUGGAAUUUUCGUGUGUCAAGCACAGACAAAUGAAAAUGGCCGGGAAAAACAAAUUCGAAACGAAUCCAUGGCCUGUGAGAGCAAGACCAAAGCCGCUAUUGGGAGCACCAUCGAUUGUUUUAGAUAUGCCAGAUUUAGAUACCUAUUUGAGUCAUCAGGUGGUUGAUUGGGGUAAACAGGGCUAUAUAGCAGCCACCUACGAGGGUGAAGUCCACGUUUGGCACCCGGAAAAAAAGGAAUCCAGGAGGGUCAUCAACUCCCAAUGGGACGUCAAGAAUUGCAUAAAAUGGAACAGGGAAGGGACGCAUUUUGCUGUGGCUUUCGGAUUCAGUGAAAUAGCUAUAUGGGAUUUCGAGUCAUUCAAAACCACAGCUACGGCCAAAUGCCCUUGCCUCACCACAGCGUCGAAACGUUGCGUGAUAACCUCGAUGGAAUGGACGAAACAAGGCAACCUGAUAACAGGCUGCACCAGAGGCAUGAUCUGCUAUUGGUCGUCGAGUCUGCGGUGCAUCAAAGCGUGCCCUUACGCCCACACCGGUGACGUCAUCACCGUCAAGCUGUCGUGCGCGGAAAAGGGUCUCGUCACCACAGGCGAAGACAGUCGAAUCAAAACGUGGUUUUGGCCGGAUUUUGCACCGAACGCCGAAAUGGAGUAUGCAGCCCCAACAAAGGCGGUUGAUUGGCACCCGUGGAAAGACUCACUGCUGGCAGUGGGCGGACACGUCUACACGACCAUAUGGAACGUCGAUAAAAGGGAAAUCGUCAGUUUCAAGGAACAUCCGCAUCCGAACUGUUUAGUUGAUUGUCUAACGUUCAAUCCUUUAUCUGCAGAACUUCUGGUUAGUUAUUAUUCAGAUGGCAACUACCUAACGGUUUUGAAAAAUUUGGACUGUAUAGUGGACGAAGUAAGAAACAGCUUUGGAAGAGUACCAUACCUUUUAUGGGAUAAUACAGGAACGAAAUUGGCUACAGCUAGUGCAGAUGAAAAUUUGUGCAUUUUCGAAUUUUUUGGUGCCGCAACUGAUCUAGAAAAAAAAUAUCUGAGAAUGAAGAAAAAGAAGCUCACCACGAAUAUGAUGGAAACUGUGGAUCGAAUUGGUCAUGGUAUUCGAUGAGAAUGUUGAUCCCUUUACAAUUAUUAUUGUUGCAUUGUUUUAUUGUAAAUAUUAACUUAUUAUUUUGCAUCUUUUCAGCUAUUGUUCAGAAGUUUCUUUUUUUCAUUAAUAAAAAUUCAGCCGUACCUAUACAAUAUUC